GUGGGGGGUAUAGGAAGAGACGAGGAGAGAGAGAGCGGGAGGGUUGUAGGUAGUAGAGUGUGUGAGGCUGUCAGACAGCAUGGUCUGGGACUGAGGACAGCACUUGGAAGACGCAGCAGCAGACUCCAGGACCUCCAUGUAGAGCACUGUGGGGACAUCCACACACAUCACCUGGACCUGUCCACCCGGGGGCAACACCCACUUCUUCCAGGGGAGGAAAAAAAGGAAGAGGUCAAAGGAGGAGGAGGUGGACAAGAGGGGGGGGUUUGUUUUUGUCUUCUUUUUUUUUUUCUUUUUCACAGUUUUUUUUGGGGGGUUUUUGGGAGUGGGCUCCGGGCUGGACCGCAUGCAUGACACAACGCAAAGGCGAGAAACCCGUCAUCAGCAUCCAGGAGCACAUGGCCAUUGACGUGUGCCCUGGACCCAUCCAGCCCAUCAAGCAGAUCUCCGACUACUUCCCCCGUUACCCUAGGGGCCUCCCCCCUUCGGCGCCGCCCCCAAAAGCGGGCCAAGCAGGGCCCCAGAGCCCUGCCCUCCCCUCCUCCUCCUCGGCGGCCGCCUCUGCCACCGAGAGUGACCGCCCCAAUGAGGAUAAACCGGACCGGGCUUGUGCCGGAGCCGCCGCCUCCUCGCAGGCCAGCAGGAGGGACGAGGAGCCGGACGUGGAGGGAUACGACUCGGAUGACUCCACUACGUUGGGGACCUUGGAGUUCAGCUUGCAGUACGACCAGGAGAACAAUGCACUGCACUGCACCAUUAACAAAGCCAAGGGGCUCAAGCCGAUGGACCACAAUGGGCUUUCCGACCCCUACGUCAAGUUGCAUCUACUGCCAGGAGCCAGCAAGGCCAAUAAACUUAGAACCAAGACUCUGCACAACACACUCAACCCCGUCUGGAGCGAGACCCUGACCUACUACGGCAUCACCGACGAGGAUAUGGUCCGCAAAACACUCAGGAUUUCAGUGUGUGACGAGGACAAAUUCAGACACAACGAGUUCAUCGGGGAAACUCGAAUCCCCCUCAAGAAGCUGAAGCCCAACCAAAUCAAAAACUUCAACAACUGCCUGGAGAAACAGUUACCUGUCAACAAGACAGAAGACAAGUCGCUGGAGGAGCGAGGACGCAUCAUGAUUUCUCUCAAGUACAACACCCUGAAGUCCUGCCUGGUCGUUGGCAUCAUACGCUGUGCUCACCUCGCCGCCAUGGACGCCAACGGCUUCUCUGACCCCUACGUCAAAACGUACCUGAAGCCCGACGAGAACAAAAAGUCAAAGCACAAGACGGCUGUGAAGAAGAAGACGCUCAAUCCUGAGUUCAACGAGGAGUUCUGUUACGACAUUAAAUAUGCAGACCUCACCAAAAAGACACUGGAGGUAACCGUGUGGGACUACGAUAUCGGGAAGUCCAACGAUUUCAUAGGCGGAGUAUCUCUGGGUAUCAAUGCAAACGGAGAGCGGCUCAAACACUGGUUUGACUGCCUUAAAAACAAGGACAAGAAAAUUGAGCGCUGGCACACGUUGACCAAUGAAUUACCUGGUUCACUAAAUGACUGAAGACCCUCAUUCUGUUAGCCCAUCGCCCCCCCCUCUUUAUGGCUGCACCAGAUCGGACUCCUGCCUUUAUUUCCUCAACCUCACGGCUAACUUCUUCCCCGGAUUCUCGUCAUGUCGGCCACAGCGACCUGCCCCCACCUCUUUGGGAAAAUGCAUUUCCUCUCAACAGGGCUCAUUCUGAAAUCUUAUGUUCUUGUUCAACAACACUUCACAUACACAAUAGGGGGUUUGCACAGCUGCUAGAAAUCGUAUCAAAACAGAUCACUGGGUUUUCUGUGUUGAAUUUUCAGCUUCAUAAUUCAGUGAAGAUUAAAGGAGCACUAAGUGUGUUUUUUUGAUAAGACCUGUCACAGCAUUUAAAUUGUUUACCAAUGAUUCAACAUUCCCUGAAAACAGCACAAAGAAAGCCUCCAUGCUGUCAUCUCGGUGGUUAAAGUCUAAGGAAUGUAACAAAGGAUGUAGCAGAUUAUGCAGAAAUGUUUAGCAGAAUAGAUCUCAUCUUUCACGUUCAGCCUGACGAUGCUAACAUUUAGCGUCACAGAGGAGCAGCGGGAUAAAGACAUCGUCGACUUACUCUUUACGUUCGAUUACUGCCGAGGUUGCACUUUAACAUGAUUGUAAAAAUGUUCAGUAGUGAAGGUCCUGUUGUUGUUCAGCCGCUAUGUAAGAGGCUCCUUAGACAACGCACCGACUACGAGCAAGUUUGUUGAAGAAAUCUCUCUCCUUUAGUUCGAGUCUUUUGAGUUCUGAUGAGCGCUACGCGAUGGAAAAACCGAGCUUCUAUCAAACUCUGCACGAGUGAAGGCCUCAGUAUGCUUCAAAUGACAUCGACAUGCGUCAUCGCUCCACUCUCUCUCUCUCAGUUUAGAUUUCCCAGACUUUUACCUCCUUCGUUCACACAUCGGCUAAACCCGACUUUUCACAGACGUGUUGCUAAGAGGCUGACAGGAAACAGCCAGCUGAAAGUAAGUCGGAUUGCACCUCGACCUGGACAACGUCAGGAAGUUAUUUCAAGGGGUUUUGACCAUGUGUGAAUGGGCUUAUGAGACUUAAAGGGGGCUAGAUUAAAGCUUCAUGUAUUUUACUUCCUGAGAUUUGAAUACUGUGGCACCUCAAACAAAAUGAACACACAAUUAAGAUCUACAACCCCAUAUCCUAAAACGUUAGGACACUGUGUGAAAUGUAAAAAAUAACAGAAUGUGAUGAUUUGUCAAACACCGAAACCCAAUAUUUGAUUCAAAGCCACAAAUGCCACAUGUUGAAACUGACAAAUUUGAUUGAUUUUGGAAAAUGAUAUGUUCAAUUAGCUCAUGGACUCCGAUCAUGGACCAUUGCCAAAUAGGAAAAAGGCGUCUUAGACACUGUUAGACCAUGUUUGAAGUAUACUGAGGUCACAGAAAACUUUACUAUUGUCAGAGCGACCAUUACCGCACCAACUACACAUUAAAACGCCUAAAUGUACGACUGCACAGGUAAAAGGAGACACAUGUUGGCAGGUGAAGUCACAGAUUGAUUUUCAGAGGAUUCUAGUAAAAGUGAUGCUCAUUUAUAAAACAGCAGGAUGACGGGUUAACAAAUGUCUGCAUUAUAACCUAACUGAUUUAAAAUCCAAUCAAAUAAGUAACUUUUUCCAAAUCUCCCACUCAAAGCAAAUCUUCUUGUAGUAACACACAAAACUUCAGUCAAAACAACGAUGCAAUUCCAGAUGUGAUCGCACCACCUUCUUCAACUCCUCAUUGAUUUUUUCGGUGCAACUCCUGAUCCAAAGAGCUGCCUCGUUUUGAGGUGAUCUUCUGUCAAGGCUCUGCAAAUGUUUCAUCCACUCAGUCACCUUUUUGUGGAGGUUUCUUAUUUACAGAUUAAAAGCAUGAUGGAGGAUCAUAUCAGAUACAAAUUUGGAGAGGAGUCGUGGGUUACAAGGCCACUAGGCUGUUCGUCAGUGGUCGAUAUUUUUAGAGAAAAUGCUUCAAAUAAAGAAUCAGACUCAAAGAAUCAGACAGAAUCCAAUUUAAAUUCUGUCUGCAGGAUGUCGGCUUGUUGAACAGGUCCUGUAGGAGCAUCAUUAUGUAGAAUCUGUUAUUAGUCGGGUGGCUGAGGAGGGGUUAUGGAUGUUAAAUUAAAACUCAUAUGCAUCAGCUGAUCUGAGGAUAAUGUCAGCACAGAGGUGGAAACAGUCACCGUCACAGUACACUGCCAUCGCACACAAAAAAGGGGGAAGCUGAAGAGCUCCUUCACAGAGAGCCGCUGAAAUCAACAACAGAAUGAAGUCCAGUGGAAAACCACUCCAACUUCACAUACCACAAUGCCACAUGAUUGGGCAGCUCGACGGUUGUGUGUGUGUGUGUGUGUGUGUGUGUGUGUGUG